AUGAAGUCAGCUACGCCUAUGUUCCUUCUUGCCACCGGGGCCCUGGCCGCCGUCCAAGGUAACCAGCCCCGUGACCUGGCUCAGCUCGAGGCUAUUAUGAACAAGGUCCUUCAGGGCCUGACCGAGGUUGAUGGGGCAACCACUGCCUAUACUGGAGGCGAGGCGUACGAGCUGGACUGCGCCCUUGAGAAGAUGACCGACAAGGCCACGGAGGCCACGGAUGCCGCCAGCAAGUUGGACAAACUUGCCCUCGAAGAGGCUAUUGGCUUCCAACCCCUUUCCAACCAGCUCAACGCUGCCGGUGACAAGUUUGUUGCCGACCUCAAGAACAAGAUCCCACUCCUGUCUGAAGCCUGUGCUUGCGAAAUCAUCGCCGAAUCCUUCGGUGUUCUCACCAACACCGCCUCUGGUCUGAUGAACACAGUUGCCUCCAAGUUCCCCACCCAAGGUGGCAAUGGUGACAUUGCCAAAUUUACCGCAUCCUUUGCAGACACCAACCAAGCCCUGAAGGACUGCGCUGCUAAGGAAGCAGAGGAAGGGGGUCACGAAGGUGGGCAUGGAGGCUACGAGGGUGGUCACGGAAGCCCCAGCGGUGUACCAACUGGUGCGCCUACUGGCGGCCACGGUCCCUACCCGACUGGUGAGGCCGCACCGACUGGCCACCCUACCGCGGCUCCUGCUGAGCCAACCCACCCCACCUACGCCAAUGGCUCAUCGCCUGCUGGUGGCUCUGGUAGUUCCGGUGGCGCCAGCAGUGCUGAUGCCGGUGGUGACAAGUCCACUCCUACCUAUGCCUCCAAGCCCGUGGUCACUGCUGGUGCUUCUCUUAUCGGGUUCUCAGGCGCCGCUUUGGUUGCUGCUGCCGUCGCAUACUUCCUAACCUAUGAGAGCAGCGGAGACCUCCUUGUGAUCAAGCGCUAUGUUAGAGAGCACGAUUUGACCUGUCUGCUCAGUGCCGACAACAUGGACCAGGUCCUGGACAAGUUUGGAGAAUAG